AUCCCGACUUUUUUGCCCUUUUUUCGCCGGAGGUUCUCUGAGGAACCCUUUUGUGAGGUCGUGGGGAAUUUCGGAACUGUGGAAUCAAUCGGAAAUUCAUGGUUUGGGGUCUUUUACCCGUCGAUCCUCUUUCAGGCGAAGAGAAAUAUUACAUAUUUUUUAAAGGAACGUACAAGAUUGGCCGAAGAGGAUGCGACAUAAUUAUCAAUAAGGACAAGGGGGUAUCUCGGGUCCAUGCAGAGAUAACUUUUGACACAAUGGUUGCUCCGACCUCUCAGCAGAACAGAUCUUCUCGUACCUCCUCCAAUAUCCGGAUCAAAGAUUGCUCAAAGUAUGGGACCUUUAUCAAAUCUAACCUCGGAACAAAAGAUAAAGUUCACGAAUUACCUAAUAAGGAAGCAGUUUUGAGAGAUGGUGAUAUUGUUACAUUUGGUACAGGUGCUGCUACCUACAGGUUUUCUUAUAUCCAGCUGGUAUUUUUCUUCUGUCCUUGCUCCAUGCCCUUCAAGGUGGAUUGCUUGGUACGAGAUGACGUAUCAUCUAUUGGUGCCAGUAUGACUCCUACCUUGACCGAGGAGUGUACCCACGUGCUCGUUGAACCGCAUGUGCAAGUGAAUGAAGAUUUGAUCAAUGCUAUUUUAAGCAAAAAAACAAUUAUUUUGACAAGUUGGGUUAAGCUCAUUGCAGAGAAAAACGUCCGCAGUGAAAUUCCUGGAUACAAUCAGUUCAUACCAGCAGUAAUGGUGGAAGAUACACGGGUUAACAUAGUGGACCCAAAAGUUCGUGAAAAAUGUCUGGAAGGUUAUGCCUUUGUGUUGGAGCCGACUUACGAGUACAAAUUUGGAGGCAGCUUCCAGUCACUACUCAAAGUAUGUGGAGCAGAAACUGUAUCCAUAGAAGAAAUUAGUUCCAUGAGUCAGGAUUCUGAGUAUGGAGAAAUCAAUCGUAUGGUAUGUGUCAUCCCGAAAAGUUCUGGAGACAAGUUUGGUCGUUUCAAACAUCUCAGUUUGUUAUCUAAAGUGAACGAGAUGGAUUUAAUCUGUGCUGUCUUAUCUGGAAAUCUGGCUUCGUCUAGUCUGAUACCACCUUCUGUUGUCAUUUCAUCUUCAUGCUCUACAGAUGAGACAGUGGUAGCAGAUUCCGAUGCAGAAGAAAAUACAGAAUCAUCUGUCCGUGUGAUCGAUACCACAGAAAAGUUACAAUCACCAAAACACUCAGUUGAAGAAGAAAUCAAAGAUGAAGCUGAUGCUACUAAGAUGGAGGAUAGUCCUGUUAUGAUACUAGAUCAAUCGAACGAGUUCAAAAGCGUGGAUUUAGCAGAAGCUGAAAACAGAGGUAAUGCUGGAGAUAUUCCGAGUGAAGUAACGAUAAGAAGAGACCGGAAUGAAGGGCCAGAAUGUGGGAACCCGGAUAUUAUUUACAGCCAAGAUCUUAUAGUUAGGGACACACAGUCUAUUAGAACUGUUCUCUCUGCUGGGGAUGGUGGAGUUGUGAAUUUCAAGCGAUUCAGAAAGGGAAACAUUACAUCAGGAAACAGCUUCAGCAACCUCAUCCCAUUCUCGAAGGACCCAUACAAAGAAUAUGAUAGCGGGGAAAUGACUGAUUACAUCAAAGAAGAAAAGAAACGUAAACAGAUGGAAGCUAUUGCAGAAGACUUGUUCAACAACGAGAAGGCCAGAAAACGUGGAACGGCUGGUUCCAUACGCGAGUUCCUGACUCGGGCUUGAGAAGAAAAGGUGGAAAAUUUGUGGCAUCUGCUCUGUAUCUAAGCUUCACCAUUCAUGGCAGCUUAUUUGUGUGGUUCAUCAGAAUGCUUGAGAAGGAAACAGAGGCCUUAUUAGAUGCUAACUGGCUCGUUUACGACAUGCUACCAUUCUGCAUAACAUUGUCUGAACACAAAAUGGAAUUAACGAAUUAACCGCUUUAGUGAAUGCAAGCAUGUUCUACGUGUA